GCAGCCAUGGUCAUCAACCCGGUAUGCUGGCUCUCCCGCUCCUGCGCAUGCUGUAGACAUGUAGUCUGUGCUGUUGGCCGUGAGCACUCCCCCGCUGACACCAGGGAUACACACAAGGUUCUCGCUAUGCGCAUGGCUGGUACCCUUCCCAGGGAGUUUACUCAGAACUUUGCUCCCAACCUGUCAAAGUCCCAGAGAAGAAGAGAUAUCGAUCGCAUCCCUGGAUUCAUGGACUCGCGGCCGAAGCAGCAACCUUCUGACAUGUCAAAGGGAGUCAAGCUUCACGCCUCCGGACACUACGGGCACAGGAACACUCUCCAUCUCCAACGGCCAAAGAUGAUGUCGAACAGAUACGACGAAUACGGCUAUGAUAUGCCAUCGGUAAUCGCCAUCGAUCAAAACACCCAAACGUUCCAAGCCUGUUCGCGAGCACUCGAUGUCCAUCUAUCAUCGUCGCAGCGGCACCGCCUUGCCGAUGUCGCUCAAGUGCUGAUUCGGAUGUUUCUUCUCGGCAGAACGUACGCUUCCGACAGCAACAACAACUGUCAAGCACCACCAGGCUACUCCGGUUGUCGACGUGUGAAUUCCAACACCGUAUCGGGGCGGGCGGAGUUUAAGAGGCCACGGACCUCAGGACCUGGAGGAAGAGACUCUGGCGGCGGUGGCGGAGGAGGCGGCAGCGGUCGAAACGGCGGCGACGAUCAGCACGAUAGACACGGGUCGGACCGUGUUCACACGCCUGGUGGGCGCUUUCGUUGCCCAGUCUAUGGCAAAGCGAGUAAUAAAACAAAGAACAAUUGCUACUUGGAGCGGUUCGAGACGGAGCAGGAAGCACUUGAGCAUGCUCUUCAACGGCAUGAGUGGUGCCCCAUUUGUAAGAAAGAAAGGAUAGAUACGAGGACAGACCACCGAUCAACGGACCUUGAAAAGCUUUUCUUUGAAAAUAUGAAGAACCUAAGGUUCCAUGUACUUCGGCACCACCUAAAAGUGGUUCGCUGCCCGCAUGCUGGAUGCGAAAAAACGUUCGGACUCCUGAAUGCGUUUUCCAGGGAUGGCCACGCCAAUGCCCACUAUCCCGCGGAGGAAGACAAGGACAGAUUAAAGACCCUUCUCGAGCGCGAUUUCUCAUCAGCCGAGCGUAUUCUUCAGAGCGAAAACCCAGCACUGUUUGGGCUUUUCGAUGGGGUCAGGAAGUGCAAGAGCAGGGAGGAGCUGGAACAAUUUCUCUACCGAGACGGGGUCAAGGUAUUUGACAACGAGGGCGAUGUGGAUAAUAUUUCGCCACCAAAGUCGAAUGGAAUCAGUACGCCCUGGGACCACGGCUCCCCCAGCCAACGAGCCCUGAGCCAAAUCCCCCCAGGUACCCCACACACUCCGACCCUGGAGUAUCCCGAUACUCCUGUUCCAGGUCACCAGGAAUUUGCAGGCUUCCAGUCGAUAUCCAACGAUGUGAGCCAUGCUGGCGGUAGAUUUUCACCUUUCUCGCAUACCAUCGACCACAACUUCCUUUCAUCCGAUCAACCUGUGGCUGCACAUCUACUGUAUCCACCGGUCGGAGCGCCCAUAUUGCCGGAAAUGUUUCCCAGCCACGAAGGCAAUAUCAUGAUGAACCGGAUGCUCGCAUUGGGUGGCGGUGAGUAUCCGACUCUCUCGGCGACGGGAACAGACGGGUUUUCGCAGCUGUACGACCAUGCAUUCCACAUGGCGAGCUUAUGGGAGAAAGCCGACCUCAGCGAGCGGCGGGCGCUCUUCAAGACUAUGUCUUAUUUCUUCAUCAGCAUUCAUGAUUUCGUUGGGCGGAACAUUGAUGUGGUCAAAGACAUCCAGCCUGCCGAUUAUCCCAGUCAAACAACCGUCGCCGAUAGCGCAUUUGGAGAUUCCAUCGUCCACUCGUACGGUGGCAGUCCUGGUCCGAGACUGCAACAUUCCUUCUAAGGCCCUUGAGGUUCGAACACACGUCCGUCAUCGAAACAGAUUGUCACGUAUAAAACUAAAAGGAUAGAGCUAGAUUGGGUUGCGGGUUUGGGAAAAGAGUUGGGCUGGUGCCACAAAAAAAUUUACGAUCGUGUCACAUGUGUACUGGGUUUUAGUUUCUGAUUUCCGUUUCUGCUCUCCGUUUCUGCUUGUCUUUAUUUGCUUGCUUGCUUGUCGUCGUUUUGUUUAUUGUUUGGCAUGGGGGGUUAUGGGACUGCUUUAAUGUAAGAAACAUACACAUAGAAGGAAUGAUAUGAUGGGGGAUAGUUAUACCG